AUCUACACUCUGCAAUUUUCGUGCGACUGUUUCUUAUCCCAUCAGUAUUCCAUACGUCUCGUUUCGCCUUCUAAACACUCGUCAAACCCGUUCACAUCCAAACAGCCCAAGACCGUCCCUCAAAUCUCCGCAAGUGAAAUGGCCUGGUGCACGUGGUGUUUCGGCGCGCGUUACAAAGAAGAGAGCCACGUACCGCUAAAGGAACUACCACAAGUCCUGCUGGACUCGAAUAAACUCGGCACGGAUUGCGUGCUCGUCAAGAAUGGCAAGCGAGUGUGCGGUACGGGUGCGGUGUUGGCGAACGCGCCGAUAGCGCAGAACAAGGCGUACUUUGAAGUGAAGGUUCAAUGCGGAGGCAUAUGGGGUGUAGGUUUGGCCACUGACAGGUGUCAGCUUGAUGUUGUACCACAAGGUCAAGACACGAACACGUGGGUACUUCGCUCGGACGGUACCGUUUGCCAUAACAACGAGGUGCUACAUAGAAUCGAUCCGGCGCCAGUAGAAAGUGAUAUAGUGGGCUGUAGUUACGAUCACGUAGAACUCAACAUCUUCGUCAAUGGGAAGUCAAUUCAGUUUCCCAUCACAGGAAUCAGAGGACGAGUCUAUCCACUUUUCUACGUCGACGACGCGGCAAUCCUGGACGUCAUCUUCACCGACUUCAUCUAUCCAGCUCCGGAAGGUUUCGAGCAAAUCAUGUUUGAACAAAACAUUCUGUAGGCACCUUACGUGUACACCAGUACAUGUGACAAAAAGGCAAAU